AUGCUCACCUCUGCCGUGACGGAGAACUGGAGUCCCGGGUGCGGAGACGAAGGCGAGCAUUCGCGUCCCCUCACGCGAGAACGGGCGAGCCGCAUUCCACGACUGGGUCGACGGCACUGCCCCGCGCGCUCCGCUUCCCUCGGCCUCCAGUCGUUUGCGCGCGUCUGUUUUAAAUUAACCAUUGUGUUACGCGAGGAACAGGCAACCACGGCGGGCGCCGAGCUCAGCUCGGGAGAUGCGUGGGGCUCGCGCGGGCGUUGCGGUGGCGUGAUGCGGGCGCGCGGGUGGCGCGCCUGGCCGGCGGUGGUGUGCGCGCUGCUACUCGCCUGCGCCCGCUCACACGCCGUGGAGCAACUGGCGCCGGGAGGUAUGUCUCGUGCAAAGUCG